AAAAAUUAGACCCUUUUAACGCCAAGAACGCGCCCUAAUAUGUGAACUUGAAUGAAAAGGAACACCAAAGGGGUUUUGGGGUUGAGGAAGCCGAGAAGGUGUGGCACUGUGAGGUGAAGAAGAAGUGAAAAGAAAUGAGUGACGGUUCAAUGAUUUCAAAGAGAGUUAAGCAAGAAGAAGUAUAUGAAGAAGACAAAAACGACUUAGUAGAGCAAGAAGAAGCAUUAGUGGCUUUAGUGGAACAUCGCGCCAAAGAAGUUGAACUUCUUCGCCAACGUGUCUCCUAUUACAAAUCUCAGCUUCUUGAAGCUGAGGAGAGGUUUCAAGAUUCACAAUCUAAAUUGGCUCGCCUUCGAGGUCGACGUUUCCUGACAUCAUCUAAUGCUUCGUUGUUGGCUACUAAAAGGGUGACGGUAGAGCAGAGAAUAGUCAGUCCUGAACAUAUAAAUAUAGGUUCUGAAAACCUAUUGCAACCAAAAACGGAACUCAUAAUACCUAACGUAAGUCCCAAGAUUUCACAACCUAUAAAACCGGAAGAGUUAGUUGCGAAAACUAUCAUUGAUCUCGAAGAAACUGCUGCCUCUAAUAGGGCUGUAAGAAAAAGAGCUAAGAAAUCUAAUACAAGUUCUACUACAGAUGUGGAAGUUGUUGAAAUUAAAGAUGGAGGAACUAAAAGGAAGUUUGAAAAAAAGGAACACAAGGACUUGAUUCCCUUGGUUGAAAGUAGCUCUUCACCAACAUUAAUCAGAUCCUAUUCAAGCAAUUUGAUCCCAAGUCAGCACAAAAGAAAGUUGAGAAGUGUUGCUGUGUGUCCGGUGAAUGAUCAGCUUUUUGUAACCAGUGCUUUGGAUGGAUUAGUCAACUUGUGGCAAAUUCAAGGUAGAGGAUCAUCAGCUUCUUUGCUUAGUACCACAAGUUGUGUAUCGUCGGGAGAGAGAAGAUGGCCAGAAGAUAUAGCGUGGCAUCCACAUCGAAACAGCCUUUUUUCUGUAUACACUGCAGAUGCAGGUGUUUCUCAGAUAUCGGUACUAAAUCUUAAGAAAACAGAAGGGAGAUCCAAUGUAACGUACUUAGAGGAUAAGCCUCAUGUUAAAGGUAUCAUCAACAGCAUAACAUUCACGCCCUGGGAAGAUACCUGUUUUGUCACUGGUGGCAGUGAUCAUGCGGUGGUGCUUUGGGGUGAGCAAGAUGAGAACGUAUGGAAGCCAAAGACCUUACAUAGAACUCUACAUUCUUCUGCUGUCAUGGGAGUUGCAGGGAUGCAGCAAAAGCAGAUUGUACUUUCUGCCGGGGCUGAUAAAAGAAUUGUCGGGUUUGAUGUGCUUGCUGGAGGUGUAGACUUCAAGCAUCUAAUAGAAAGUAAAUGCAUGAGUGUUAUACCAAAUCCUUGUGACUUCAAUCUAUUCAUGAUUCAAACUGGGGUCCAUGAAAAGCAGCUCCGGCUUUAUGAUAUUAGAUCGAUGUAUGCCGAACUGCAUUCAUUUGGGUGGAAACAAGAAAGCAGUGAAUCUCAUUCGGCUCUUAUCAAUCAAGCUUGGUCUCCUGAUGGUUUAUACCUCUCAUCAGGUUCAGCUGAUCCUGAUAUUCACAUUUUCGAUAUUAGGUACAAUGCUUGCAAGCCAUCCCAAUCAAUCCGAGCUCAUCACAGACGAGUCUUCAAAGCUGUAUGGCAUCACUCUUUACCCCUUCUCAUUUCCAUAUCUUCUGAUCUUCAAAUCGGACUGCACAAAAUGUAGAAGUACCUUUCUGUAUCUGACAGCAUGUUCGUUCCCAUGAGAGAGCAACUUCCGCAUUUGCUCUCGUUUUGCUCUGUUGCUGCUUGAUCCUCGUUUUUGCUUUUGAACUGAAGUCUUGCAACUCAUCCAAGAAGAGGAGUUGGUCAAUGAACAUGUUUUUGAUUCUGAAGCUAAACUUAUACAGUAUCGACAAACCAGUACGGAAUCUGGAUUUUAUUGAAUCAGGGGAAAACGUAUAGCUCAAGAAUGCUCAAAAUUUUUAAUGUUUUCCCUUUUUUUGGACGUUACAAGUAUUGGUUGAAGCUCUACUGUUAUAUAUAUCUACUGUUAUAAUUGUAACAUCCUAUGUCCGAUCCAAUCGUCAGAUCCGAACUAUGAGGUGCUACGCUCAAGAUCCGAAAUUUCUAACACAUUCUUGAUUAGUAACAUGUUUAUAUGUAUUUCUCUUCCGCCAUUUGAACUUAAUGCAAUCUAUAAUAGAACACGAUUGUCUAA